AUGUUUCGACAUCUCGUGGUGAUAGCGACACUCGUCGUAUUCAACGUUUCAUUUCGAAGAAUUCUUUUGCAUAAGAUAAACUCCCGGCGAAGAGCGAUUGAUAUAAAUUUUGAUCGACUGACUCGUGCAGCUGAUAUUGCAAGGCAAUCUCUGUUUAGUGAUGGGGAUAUUGCAUACUAUGGUAAUAUUACAAUUGGAACUCCACCGCAAGUGUUUAAUGUACUUAUAGAUACUGGUUCCCCAGAUCUCUGGAUACCAUCCAUAAUCUGUACUUUCAAAUUAAGCAGCCGUGCUUGCAUGACCCAUAAUAAUUAUGAUAACAGAAAAUCCAGCACAUAUAGACCAGAUGGUAGAUCUUUCGGAAUUCGAUAAGGUAAUGGUGCUGUUGGCGGAUAUUUAUCAACUGAUGUUUUAUAGAUUGCAGGCCUUGAUGUUCAAAAUCAAACUUUCGGAGAAGUAACAGAGCAGUACGGAAAAUCCUUCGAAUAUGCAAAAUAUGACGGAAUUUUGGGUCUGAGUUAUCCAAUAUUAUCUCCUGAAGGAGUGAUUCCACUUUUUUCCAACAUGAUUAACCAACAGCUAGUGAAGAAUCCAAUUUUUAGUUUCUAUAUUAAACAAAAUCCUAAUGUCAAAUGGGAUGGUGAACUGAUAUUGGGAGGCUCUGAUAACAGGUUAUAUUUAGGCGAUUUUACAUAUGUUGAUGUUACCCAAAAAGAAUAUUGGCAAUUUACUUUGGAUAAGAUUAAAAUGGAAGAUAAGAUUUUAUGCGAGAAUAGUUGUCAAGCUAUUGUCGACACGGGUACUUCUCUAAUAAUUGGACCAUCAACAGAUAUCACAAUUAUUAAUAGACGAAUAGGAGCUGAUCAUAAUAAUUUUACGAGAGGAAUAUUUGUGAACUGCAACAAGACUUAUAAUUUGCCCAUUAUCGAUUUUAUCGUAGGUGGUUUUAGAAAACUCAGACUUUCUAGUGAAGAUUAUAUUAUUAAGGAAAUAUAUAACAAUGAGAUGGUGUGUAUGAGCGCCUUCGUGAGUGACUAUCAGUAUAAGGGCGAUCCAGCGUGGACUUUGGGCGAUGUAUUUUUACGUCGGUAUUAUACUGAGUUCGACAUGAAGCAUGACCGGAUAGGAUUUGCCUGUAUUGUAUAA